AUGUCUGAAUCACCCGAUGUUGCCCACAAGAAGCGCAAGCUGCAGGACGGUCCCGAACUCGAGAUUGAUGUCUCUGCACCGGAGCCGCAGUCUAAAAAAGCCCUGCGCAAAGCGAAAAAGCAGAAGUCAGAGCCCACUGCCGAGGGUUCUGAAAAGAAUGAAAAGAAGAAGCUUCAACCCCCCAAGGCAGGAACAGAGGAGACACCAGCUAAACGCUCCGACUAUGGAGUUUGGAUCGGCAACCUGGCUUUCACUGUGACCAGAGAUGACCUUCGCCAAUUCUUUACCAGCAACUGUUCCUUUAACGAUGAUACGAUUACUCGAAUCCACAUGCCCAAGGGACAAGAAAAAUUUGGAAAGGUCCAGAACAAGGGCUUUGCCUAUGUCGACUUCUCUACCCCGAAGGCUCUAGAGGAGGCAUUGGGUUUAAGCGAGCAGCUUGUGACGGGUCGCCGAGUAUUGAUCAAGAAUGCAAAGAGCUUCGAGGGUCGGCCCGAGAAAUCUCGCGAUCAGGAAAACGCAACCAUCAAGCCUGGACACCCUCCAUCCCGCCGCAUCUUCGUCGGCAACUUGGGAUUCGAUGUCACCAAGGAAAUCAUGGAGGGGCACUUCAGCCAAUGCGGUACACUAGCUAAUGUGCAUCUGGCGACUUUCCAAGACUCAGGAAAAUGCAAGGGAUAUGGUUGGGUGGAGUUUGAAGAUAUUACUUCAGCGGAAACAGCGGUCAGAGGUUUCAUGAUGGUUGGUGAGGAUGAGGAUUCAUCCGACAGCUCAGAUACCGAAUCUGAAAAGCCAAAGAAAAAGCUGAAGAGCACGAAGCGUAAAGUGUGGGUGAACCAGCUUCUCGGCCGCCGCAUGAAGUUGGAGUUCGCGGAGGAUGCCACCACUCGCUACAAGAAACGCUUUGGUAAGGAUGGCGAGGGUCGGAAGAACGAUUCGGAAUCUAGCGAGACCAGUGGAUCUGAACGUCCUCGAACCUUCAAGCCGAAGAAGCCGGAAAUUGAUGACUCUCGAUACUCCAAGGAGACCGUGCAGCGGCUCAGCGGUGCAAUUGUUGAGGGUCAAGGCUCCAAAAUCACGUUUGACUGA